CCUCCACGUCACCGAGGCUCAUUCAUGCGGCCGCCGGACGCCUUCGGGGACUCUGCCAUUUCUGUCUCCUUACGGACCCGCGUCCGCUCGGCGCUGCGUUCACCUAGGCACACCCCCUUCCCAGCGACCUCGGCCUUUUCGGACCCCUCUGAAGACCAGCUUCUCAGGUUCUUCCAUACCCGGAUGCUCCGAUGGGCGAGACGGGACAACGCCGUUCCACCCUCGUCUCCCGGCUGCCGAUAUUCCGGCGGAGCUCCCAUAAGCGGCAGGACUCGCUCCCGUCGUCGCCGUCGUCCGGCGGCGUGGCCAAUGGCGUCCACACCUCGUCCCCGUCCAGCACAAACUCUAGCUCCAGCAGCACAGGGAAACGCCGCAGCCUGUUCCGCACGCCGUCCAUCAGCUUCCACAGCAGGCGGAGCCAAGAGUCGCGCGCCGACCCCGCCCCCGUAGCCCAGGACCACGGUGGCCGCGGCUCCGAGCCGGGUCUGCACAGAGCGGAGGACGGCUCCCGCUUUAAAACUCGCCACUCCUUUGGCUUUGGUAGCCACCGACACAAGAAGAUCACUCGCUCCCAGACGGAGGACUUUGAGAAGGGGCCCACCAAUCGAAGCCUCUUCAUCAACUGCAUCAGCUCAGGGACCAAUGAAGGAGACGACUCCGGCUUCCUGGAUGACUACAGCAGCAAACGGUCCUUUCGGCACAAGAAGCAGCUCCUUCCCAAGUCUUUCUCCUCCCACCAUCGCUUCUCCAAGAAUUCAGUAGGGACUCCCGAUCAGUGCCGGUCCCUGGAGGUGAAUGCCGAGCCUCCAAAGCUCCUCACCCCUGGUUCCUGCCCCAGCGAGUUUGGGGAUGGGUCCUUGCAAUCCCCCAUUCUCUCGGAGGACCGCACCACGGCCAUCACCCCCUCCGAGUUUGUCCCUGUCACGGAGGAUUCCGUCUCAGAGGUGGACGCUAUGCCUGUCUUGAGCCCCUCUGCCGUGCCUGAGCCCGUCGGCCAUGUGGCCCCUACCUCCUCGGCGGCCCCCAUGGCCACCCCACCUGUCUCGGAGACGCCUGCGCUGCCAGAUGCUAGCGGGGUGAGCCUGGAAUGUGAGACUGCUACACAGCAGGCACCUCCCACAGCCCCUGCCGAGGGGGCGGAGCCUGACGCUACCUCUACAGAUGGACCGGGAGGAGAUCAGCUGAUUGCGGAGCGGAGAGAGCCGGACACCGCGAGCCCAGAAGACAGGCCUGGCGAGGAGAUGGGGAGGAGACCGAAGAACGUGGUGCCAAUGCAGGAAGCACGGAAGGGUUUGGAGUCAAGACCCAGUCACUUAAGGAAGCCUCACACAGUGUCAGUGGGCAGCAGCGCCAGCCCCCACCAUGAGGUGAAACGCUUGGAGCGGCGGCUGCGCUCUGCGUCGGAGGGGGCGGGAGGAACAGGGGGUCCGCGGCUGCACCUGAACCUGAGGGAGCCUCACUUCACUGAGGGCCAGGCCCUGCUCCAACACAGGACCUCCUCUUCUUCUUCCAAGCUGGGCAGUCUGGACGUCCUGAACAAUCUGGGCUCCUCAGAACUGGAUGAGGAUGACCUGAUGCUGGACCUGGACCUGUCGGACGAUCAGCGGCAGCACCGUGUGUCCCGGGAGGACUCCAGCCAAUCCUUGGCUUCAUGUCUGGCCCUCUUGCACUCUCCCAUGGAACCAACGGCAGACAAGGUCCUUGGGAAGGAGGCCAAAGGGGUGGAACCUCUUUACAGAGAGCCAGUGCGGCCCACCUCCCUGCUACCCCCCGACUGCUGCCUUCCCCGGGAUGAUGAGCUGCUGGGCCUGGAGGGGCUGCCCCUGCGGCUGAUGCUGCAGGACUGCACGGCUGUGAAAACCCUGUUGCAUCGCCUGCGCAAGCUGCUUCAGGAGAGCACAGAGACGAGUCCCGCAAGCAGUCUUCACUCAUUACCCAUAAGCCCCUGCAGUGACAUGUCUCUUCCCUUCAAGGACCUCGGGAGAGAUGAGAACUCAUCACUGCUCCUGCAACUGAAGGACAGGGAGGAGCUGAUACAGCGGCUACAGGCCGAGCUGGACAAAGUCAAGGGGGCUCAAAGACCAAGCUGUUCGAGAGCCGACAAGUCAACGCAGACAGAGCCAGGCAGCCCUGAGGCCUUCCUCCCUAACCACACUCCAAGCCAAAGCUCUAGCGUCCGGGAACGCCGUUUGGGCCGCCCUCUCCUGUCAGAUCGCCCGACUUCAGCAACACCAGCGCUGGCCACCGAGGACAGGAAGUGCCCCGGCCGGGAUGCACCGGAGACUGCGGGCUUGCGGAAGGUGCCGGAUGGGCCCAUCAGUCAGAUCCCGCGAGCUGUGCCGGGGGCCGGCGGCUCGGGCCUCGGCGGCCGGGCAGGGAGCCCGUCACAGGGCAGCCAGUCGUCGGACAGUGAACGGGGCCCCCCGGGUGGCGGCGAGAGGGCCGCCAUGUCACGUCAGGCCCCUGCCACUGCCUCCUUCACAGGGCGCCUGGGCCAACCCCCCCGCGGACCACUGUCCCUGCACAUGUACAGCCGGAAGAACGUCUUCUUGCAGCACUCGCUGCACACGGCUGAGCUGCAGGCCCUGGCACAGCAGGACAGCUGAGGGCCCCCAACACCUCCAUGUGGCUGUGAACCACCGCCCUCCCUCCCGUUCCCAUUUCAAUGUCCCCCUCAGCUACCCUGUCCCCCUCAUGCCCAACUUAUGACACGGCCACCCCCUUUUACCUUCCCACUGUUGUCCGCUAGACUCGUCCCGUCUUCUGUUUCCCAGCUGUGCUGAUAAUGUCGGCAUUCCCCUGGAGAACGCCUCACUGAACCACCACUCUGGGUCCGCUGCCCAGACUGGGGACUGCAAGCCAGCACUCCAGACCAGUGCCAAAACCCCAUGCCAGUAUAGACACUGGAAAUCACCUCUGCUCUGGCCUUUGGCUGGAAUGGGGGCCGUUCUACACAGGUUACAGUUCCAGAAAUUUGCCAAAUUCUCUGUUUAAGAGCCAGCUGCCUUUUUCACUACAGGUCUGUUAUCACUCCAUCCUGACGUAAGCGUCCCUUUUAGCAAUACAGGCGCUGUAAGCGCAUGCUUUUAAGAGACACAUUAGACCUCAUCGGAGCCAUUUUUCUACGCUGAAUGGAGGACAGAAAUGUCCCUUUACACAGCCGCCGCUCCUGCCCCAUGUCAGACUCUUUAUAAAAAGCAGGUAGACGAUUUCACUCGGAUCCUGCUGUGUAAUGCCAUUUAUAAAGGAUCAUUUAAGACACACACAGUUUGUGGGAAAAUCAAGUUUAUUGGUUGUAAAUGUAGGCUCUAGAUGGUGACUUUGAUAACAGCAUACACACACACACACACACACAAUGUUCUUUCAAGACAUAAUGCUGAUCGAAUAGGAGGUACAAGGUCAAAAACUACAGUAAGAUUAAUGAUGUACAGUGAUUAUCUGGGUGAGAGUAUAUGUCUGUGUGUGGGGAAGAGGAUCUCUGCGUGUGUGUGUGUGUGUGUGUGUGUGUGUGUGUGUGUGUGUGUGUGUGUGUGUUUGUGCGCCUGUCUGUGUGUUUGCGCAUGUUGCGCUAGCUCUCCUGCACGUAGGCGGUCGCAGGUCACAGGCUGUCUCUCUCUCCCCCCUGACCCUUGUCUCCUGCCGUACGGAGAGAGCAGAGAGUGACUUGGCGGGGGGCAGAACGAAAGGACGUUUGGAGGUGAAGGGAGCCCUGAAGACGCGCUCUGCCCCCCCCCAGUCUGCUCCCUGCGGCCCCUCGCUCCACUUUCCCAUUCUGCAGGGAACAUCACACCCUCGUCGCCUGGCCCCGCCCCCUGCAGAACCACUCCUGGGUGUGUGGUGCUCAGACGACAGUCUCUGUCCUGAUAUUAAUCUUUCAUUCUUUGGAAACUCAUACGAUUGGUGCUGGAGUCAGCCCUGCCUCAUCGUGUCUCCCAGGAGACGCCAGUGGGCCGACCUGCUAACAGAGUUAGCAGAACCGCAGGCGGGCCUGGCUUUGCGGGCGUCGCACGUCACCGAGGUCAGGGCGACAUCCCUCUCGCGAUUCUGCUGUGUGCCCCACUCUCUCACUGGAACGGGCCUGACACGCCCAGCCAGGAGUAUUUCCUGGACCAGAACCACACACGUUGGUCAUGUGCCAGCAAGAGCAUCUCUUCCCAGACAUGGACCUCCCAGGAUCGUAGGAGGUGGGGAUUCUUGUCAUGAGACGCACAUUGUACAGUUCCUCUACAUUAUUUAUUCUUUUUCUGUAUUUAUUAUGUUACGUUUGUGAAGUACGACCUUCUGGUCACGUCCUACUUUGCUGUGGUUUGGCACUUUGUGUUAGGAAUGAGGUAAGAACCCUGCUUCCCCCCCCCCACCCUUAUUUGAACUGUGCACAGGGGGGGCUGGCAGAGUGUACGUGGACUUCAUGCUACACACGGCCGUCAGUGUGUGUCAGGCCCAAACAACGAAGGGAAUUGGCAAAAUGAUGGUUUUGAAUGGUUGUAUUUCCUUCUAUUAAAUAAUUGUAACAUUACAA